AUGGAAACUAGAACUUUUCUAGCCGGAAAAAGAUACUUCGACCCAAACCGGCUAUCAUUCAUAGUUCUUUUUGGAUUAAGUCCAUUCGAAAAUAAAACCUGUCAUGUUCUCGAAUAUGAUUUAGAAACAUUUGGCGUUCGUCUUGGAGAUUUCCUCACUGCUUCAAUGAAAUUCCAGUCCGCGGAAUUGACACGAGACCAGAAUGGUCUCCUGGUAUUCCAGACAAAAGCAUUCGGGCCGGUUCCAUCAUUCAAUCAAUAUCUUUCACCCGGAAGUUAUGAAAUUAUAAUCAAAGCAUCAGAUUCUUAUCCAAUAAGGCUGAUUGCUGAAGCAAAACCAAUAUUACCACCGAAUUUGUUCAAUCCAGUCAAUACUUCAUCCUUAAACUUUUACGAAAUUUCUCAAUCCCAAUUGAUGAAAAAUCAAAAUUUCACUCAAUCAGGAUUUAAAAAUCUCCCAGUUCCCAGUCUUGACUCAAACAUUCCGAGGGCAACGUCCACAAUGGAUUCCUAUUAUGACUAUAUUUCUUUGCCACCGAACACGAUCCCAUCAUUCCUUCCAUCAGAUAAAAAUGCUACUAACAAAGGUUACGAAGAACUCCAAAACUGCACUUCGUCGAAACCAGAGUCCCAAGAGGAGACACUCAGCGAACUGAUAGCAAAGCUCCCUACAUUGGAUCUCAAUGAAUCAAAACAACCAAUCCCAAGACCAAGAAAAGUAUUUUCUAGUUCGAAUCAAACAGACGCCGUUCAGCAACAAAAACCAGUAAUGUCAGUAAAACCAACUAAGAAAGUUGCAUUCCAACUGGCAGAUUCCGAAAACGAAGAAAUUCCAGAAACAGGAAAAAAGAUGAAAGCGUUUGUUCAUUCGUAUCAGGAUAAAUUCGAAAAGAGACUUCAUUUCAUUUGGGUUUGUGAUGUCAUGGAAACUUCCAUAUUCGUAUCUCCAAACCAUAGGUUGGAAAUAGGUCACUUUUUUGAAGGUGUUUUUCAAAAACAGCCAUCUGGAAAAUUGGAAUGCAUCGAAUACAAAAAUCCAAUUCCAGCAAUGCUCCGAGGAAGUAUUGUUUAUGGAAAAAUAGAGUUAAAAGCUAAAAUUACAAACUACCAAUCCUCUGAAACACUGAAAUAUCCUCAAGUGUAUGUGGAACAUCUUGGAUCAGUGAUCGAUAACAAAAUGAAACUCUCUCCAAAUUGCAUCGGGAAAGUUGUGAAAAUUAUGCGAUUACCAUUCGAAAAAAAGAAACAAUUCGAAUGGAUCAUCACUGGAUUGGCAUGA